AUUCCUUGUGUGGGUGGUGAGGCUGCAGGUAUUUGGGGGGGUCUCGCAUUCCUCUGUGUGGGUGGUGCGGCUGCAGGUAUUUGUGCGGGUCCUGCAUUCCUCUGUGUGGGUGGUGUGGCGGCAGGUAUAUGUGCGGGUCCCGCAUUCCCCUGUGUGGGUGGUGUGGCUGCAGGUAUUUGUGCGGGCCCCUCAUUCCUCUGUGUGGGUGGUGAGGCUGCAGAUAUUUGUGCGGGUCCCCCAUUCCUCUGUGUGGGUGGUGUGGCGGCAGGUAUAUGUGCGGGUCCCGCAUUCCUCUGUGUGGGUGGUGUGGCUGCAGGUAUUUGUGCGGGUCCCGCAUUCCUCUGUGUGGGUGGUGUGGCUGCAGGUAUAUGUGCGGGUCCCGCAUUCCUCUGUGUGGGUGGUGUGGCUGCAGGUAUUUGUGCGGGCCCCCCAUUCCUCUGUGUGGGUUGUGUGGCUGCAGGUAUUUGUGCGGGCCCCCCAUUCCUCUGUGUGGGUUGUGUGGCUGCAGGUAUUUGUGCGGGCCCCUCA